UUAUGAGCCACGCGAGGCGAAUGCAGCAAUUCGCGCGAAGCGUGAAGAGAGACGAGGAGAAAAGAUAAUGAAAAGCUUUAUUUUUCUUCUCCACUCGCCUAACGCUUCGCGCGAAUUGCCGUGCUCGCCUCGCUUGGCUCAUAAAGCGCCCGUUAUGCAGAAUAUGAUUAUAGUAUUUUCAAAAUCUCAAGGCGCAUUUGAUGUUCAGAUUGUUAUCUCUGUGUGUGAUUGACAGAAAUGUUAGUCACAUAAGUGUGUUAAACAGCAAUUGCAUUGAAUUUUAAAUUGCUUUCAUAGGAGCAGGUAGCUGAUUGGGUAGUUUGCAAACAGGAUGGAGAUCCAACGUACCUUGACGAAGACAGAGAUUUCUUCAUCACAGUUUACCGAACUCUUCAUGGUGAAGUGUGCUACGGUUAGAGAAAGAUUGAUUGGCUCCCCGGGAAGGAGGGCAAGGUGGACCCGGCCAUCUUGCACGCUCGGGAUGGCCUCCUUCGUAUCUCAGUAAAAAAUCUUUUAUUGAUUACGAUGCCUAAAUAUUGGCCUGGUAUAUUUUAACAACUACUUUGGUUCGGUGCAUAAAAACAUGCAAGAAAAAAUACUUGGCUAAUAUGCAGCAAUUUCAGCCUGAUCGGUAACACAUAUAUUUAUAACUACUCUGUCGGUGCUUUUGUUUUUCAGGGUUUUUGCUGUACUUCAAGAAAAAGCCCAUCCUGGGAUAUUGCGUUGAUUCUGGUUUCCAAGAAGACGUGUACAAGUUUUUCUUUCAGGCCUCCACUGUGGUUGUGGAUGCGAGGAAGGAGGGGUCCCAGGAGCACGCCUCAGUAUGAAGAAUUAUUUUUUUUUUGGACAAAGACAGUGGUAAAAAAAAGGAGGAAAAGAAGAAGUCCCUUCUCUGUCUUAGUUCAAUAGAUAAUAGCUCUAGUGAACGCGAACUGGUGACCUGCACGUUGCAUUUACUUUCUUGCUGAACAGUAAUGGCGCAUGCCCUUGAUAUCUAACGUCUCGAAUGCACCGAGGUAGUGCCUGCCGUAGCUUGAAAAAACCUCUAGUACCCAUCAAAAGCCGGCAAAUGGUGUGUUGUCUAAGCUGGCUCUUAUUUUCGAAACGUCGUAACAACUGGGCUUAACUUAUAAUCUAUGGUUUCCUUAGUUGCUCUUCUCUAUACAUUAUAGGAUGAUGCCAUCUUUCUUUUUUUGAUAUUUUAGUUCACAGAGGUUGCAGAAUAUGUAAAGAAAAAGCAGGUUAGUGUACGCCAUGUUUCUCCUUCCUCCUUGUUUUGCGGGUGUGUGGGGGCAGGGGGUUGGUUCGUGUUAGGGGAAGAUGUAAAGGUCAUAUUUUUUUUCCACAAAAGUUACUACAAAGUAAUAAGGGGAUGCAUAACUCACUUUCACUCGUUUAUUUGCGUAGGACUGACACAGGGUGUUUAUCUGAUGGAGAUAAACUGAAACAGUUUUCAACUGUCGUGGUUCGGUUAUUCUAACAGAUGUACUGACAAACUUAGAAACCCAUGAACCACUGAAAUAUUGUGUGGUGACCAAUUUAAACAAAGAUCGGGACGCAAGCUAACACUCACGCAUUGCAACACAGUAACAUUACAGAAGUACUUCUGGGUGUCCACGGUGUUCCUUAUAAAUCAGUUGUAUCUCUGUGGCAUGAGUGCGACGUGAGUAAGGAUGACGAUGCUUCCUGUAAUGAAUAUUAAUGGCCUCAUUUUUACUGUAUAGUUUGGCAAUAAAAGCGUGUACAUCACAGGCUACGGUAUUGACAGCGAGUACCCGGAUGAAGGAGUGCCUGGUGUGCAGCAGCUGCGAGCUGAUCAAUACGUCACACUCUGGGAUGAACACACGGAUGGAUUAUAAUCAGACCACUCAAUGAAGACGUCUAAAUGGGCCACUUUCAAUUUAUUCAUUAUGAGAUCUUUACAUUCUAUUCUAAGUGUCCUGUGAGGGCAGUAUUGAUGGAAAACGUCCGUCCAGCUUCCUCAUAACUUGUUCUGUGGCCUUCCACAAAACUACUGAACAGUAAACGGCAAAUGAAGGAAAACCCUGGUCACAUUUUUUC